AACCUUGCAACUUUGCAAGAUGUUAUACAUUUAAAGCUAAACUCACAUAAUACCACUUCUCUUCCACCCAAAAGUAAGUACAUAACAACGUCUGAUACUAUGAAGAUCCAGAAAUACCUUUUCCAAUUAUUAUUAUUCAUAUCUUUGCUCCUAUUUCCCUACCACAUUAAUGUAAAAGCAGAGAAUAAGCAUGAUCAACUCGAGAGAAGAACUUACAUAGUUCACAUGGAUAAAUCCCACAUGCCAGCAAGUUUUGAAGACCACCACGAGUGGUACUACUCGUCUCUUAGGUCUGCUGCAGACUCUGCACAGAUGCUCUACACCUAUAACAGUGUAAUUCAUGGCUUCUCGACGAGGCUGACUGACGAGGAAGCUACAUCCCUGGAGAACCAACCAGGGACUCUUUCUCUAGUGCCUGAAACACGAUAUGAGCUCCAUACAACACGAACACCUGCGUUCCUUGGGCUAGGUAUAAAUGAUAAGCUCCUUCCGACCUCUACUUCACAGGGUGACGUGAUUAUUGGGUUGAUAGACACGGGUGUGUGGCCCGAACUUAAAAGUUUUGAUGACAUGGGGCUAGACCCUGUGCCAAGUAGCUGGAAGGGUGAGUGCGAGGAAGGAACAAACUUUAAGUCGUCAAACUGCAAUAGGAAGCUCAUAGGUGCAAGGUUCUUCUGCAAAGGGUAUGAAGCAAUUCUCGGACCAAUUGAUGAAUCGACAGAAAGCAAAUCUCCGAGAGACGAUGAUGGUCAUGGGACCCACACUGCUACUACUGCAGCUGGUUCAGCCACUACGAGUGCUAACCUCUUUGGGUAUGCAAGUGGGACAGCUCGAGGAAUGGCUCCACAUGCAAGAAUCGCAGCAUACAAAGCUUGCUGGUUAGGUGGGUGCUUUACCUCCGACAUAUUAGCAGCGAUGGAGAAGGCAAUUGAUGAAAGAGUAGAUAUUUUGUCCAUGUCAAUUGGAGGCAGUAUUUCUGAAUACUACAGGGACACGGUUGCAGUAGGAGCAUUCACGGCGAUGAAAAAGGGGAUCCUGGUAUCCUGCUCUGCUGGAAAUGCAGGACCUGACUCUGGAAGCUUAUCUAAUCUUGCUCCAUGGAUAACCACUGUGGGUGCUGGUACGAUAGACCGUGAUUUCCCAGCAUAUGUUAUCCUAGGAGAUGGGAGAAACUUCACAGGUGCAUCACUGUACAGUGGUAAGCCACUUCCCAGCAAGUUAUUGUCCCUCACUUAUGCUGGGAAAGCAAGCAAUAUGACAAGCGGCAGCUUUUGCAUGACUGGCAGUUUAAAUUCCGAAGAUGUUAAAGGAAAAAUAGUUGUUUGUGAUCGAGGGGGUAACUCGAGGGUCCAAAAAGGUUUGGUGGUAAGGAAAGCUGGUGGUGUAGGAAUGAUUUUAGCAAAUACUGAAGCCUAUGGAGAAGAGCUUGUAGCUGAUGCCCACCUCAUACCUGCAGCAUCUCUUGGACUUAAAGGAGCUGAAGAUAUCAAGAAGUACAUCUCAUCAGGUCGAAAACCAACAGCAACAAUCGGCUUCUCAGGAACAGAGUUAGGCGUGCAACCAUCUCCAGUUGUAGCAUCAUUCAGCUCCAGAGGUCCAAAUCCACUUACACCGGAAAUACUGAAACCUGACUUGAUUGCUCCCGGUGUCAACAUCCUGGCAGGCUGGACAGGCAAGGUGGGGCCAACUGGGCUAGAUGGUGACACAAGGCAUGUGAGCUUCAACAUCAUCUCAGGAACAUCAAUGUCAUGCCCACAUCUAAGUGGCCUAGCUGCACUAGUGAAGGCUUCCCACCCAGAAUGGAGCCCUGCGGCCAUCAAAUCUGCACUUAUGACCACAGCCUACACCGCCUAUAAAAACGGAAAAACAAUUAUUGAUGUUGCCACAGGACUUCCAUCCACACCAUUUGAUUAUGGAGCAGGUCAUGUGGACCCCAUUGCAGCCCUUGAUCCGGGUCUAGUCUAUGAUGCCACAGUCAAAGACUACGUUGACUUUCUCUGUGCUUUAAACUACAGCUCAGACCAGAUCAAACACACCACCGCUGAAGAAUAUAGCUGUUCCUCAAGCAAGACUUACAAACUUGGAGACCUCAAUUACCCUUCAUUUGCUGUCACUCUUGAAACGACUCCAGAAAAUCAAGACAGAAAGGCAAUGAGCACAAUGAAAUACACAAGGACGCUAACUAAUGUUGGCAGACCAGCAACAUACAAAGCAUCAGUGUCCACGCAUACUGCCUCAUUGAAGGUCAUAGUUGAGCCUGAAUCACUCAGUUUCAACACAAUAAAUGAAAAGAAGAGUUUCACAGUCACAGUUUCAGCAGAUUCCAUGCCAUCUGGGACUAGCAGCUUUGCUCAUCUGACAUGGUCAGAUGGAAAACACACAGUAACCAGUCCAAUCGCUUUUACAUGGAUAUGAGCACAGUGGCUGCAAAGGGCCAACUUUACAAGCUUGUAGUAAAUGUAGUUGUCCAUUUUCUUUUAUGUAUAUAUGGAUAAGUAACUUCAGAAAGACUGAAGCAACGGAUGGAUCGGGAGGCUAACCACCUUACACCAUACUUAAGGGAAAAACAAGUCAAGGUGACAUUGAAUAUAAUAUUUGCUCCUUUCUGAAGUAUGCCCUUGCCCUAUCUUUCGUUCUUCUCACUGUUCAACUCGAUUUUUAGCAAGGAAAUCAGAAUUACAUCCUGUAAUCCUAUAAUGUUCAUAUGUUAAAUUAAAAGUAUCAUUUUGGUUAAA